GGGAAGCAGCAGCAGCCGCCGCCGGAGUCGGAGGAGGAGGAGGCCUGGAGCAAAGCGAGCCGCUGCUGGGGGGAAUGGGAGCGAUUUAACCGGGACAACGUGAGACCGCAGCCCGCUGGCGCUUUGGCAGAGACGCGAAGCACUCCGCGGCGCCGGGUGUGACCCCAGCGAGGCUGUCUUUACAAAAUAAAUAAAUAAAUAAAAAGCAAGAAAUGGACACCAGCAGCAGCUACGUGGAAUUUGACGUGCCGGAGUACAGCAACACUGUCCUGAGGCAGCUCAAUGAACUGCGCCUGCAAGGGAAGCUGUGUGACAUCAUCGUCCACAUCCAAGGGCAACCGUUCAGGGCCCACAAAGCCGUCCUGGCAGCCAGCUCCCCCUACUUCCGGGAUCACUCUUCCCUGAGCACCAUGAGCGGGCUGUCCAUCUCGGUCAUCAAGAACCCUGACGUGUUCGAGCAGCUGCUCUGCUUCUGCUACACUGGGCGGAUGUCUCUGCAUCUGAAGGACGUCAUCAGCUUCCUGACGGCGGCCAGCUUCCUGCAGAUGCAGGCUGUCAUCGACAAGUGCACCCAGAUCUUGGAGGGCAUCCACUCGAAGAUCAGCCUCCCUGGAGGGGGAGGAGAGGGAGACUCCACCAUGUGCAGCAAGGAGAGCCCGCAAGGCGUCCGCAAUGGGGUCAAAGACCGCAACCUCUUCGUCAACCCCAUCGAGAUCUCUCCGCCUUACUUCUCCCGGCAGGCCAACGUGUCCUCCAGCGACUCCUCCAAGCUGGACUCCAUGUCGGGGAAGAGCCUGAGGCUCCGGCUGCAGGAGGAAGGGCAGUCGGACCGGGGGAGCAGCGGGAGUGUCUCGGAGCACGAGACCCCGAUGGAAGGAGACCACGAGCAGGUGGAGCUGAUCGGCCGGGAUGGGCAGGUGACGGAUAUCAAGGUGAAGAUGGAGAAGUCGGACCGGCCCAGCUGCUCGGACAGCUCUUCGGCGGGAGACGACGGCUACCACACGGAAAUGGUAGAUGGCGAGCAGGUGCUGGCUGUCAGCGUGGGCUCUCACGGGUCCGUCCUGCAGCACUCCACUUACGCGUACCCGCAGACGGCCUCCCAGUCUUCCUCCUUCCUGAGCCUCAGCAACUCCAGCCCCUCGCGUUCCAUGCUCAGCGGGUUCCGAGGGGGGCGGGCACAUCCCAAAAGGGCCGUCGCGGUGCCGGUGGAGGCACCCAGCGGGAUGAGCACAGCAGCAGCAGCAGCAGCAGCUGAGGAUGGGGAGGCGGUGCUGGGCAGCCCCGGCUUUGAGAACGACAUCCGGGAGAGGAGCAUGAGGGGCCAGUGGUAUCCCUACAAUGAGCGUCUUAUCUGCAUCUACUGCGGGAAGUCCUUCAACCAGAAGGGGAGCCUGGACCGCCACAUGCGGCUGCACAUGGGCAUCACCCCUUUUGUGUGCAAAUUCUGCGGCAAGAAGUACACGCGCAAGGACCAGCUGGAGUACCACAUCCGGGGCCACACGGACAACAAACCUUUCCACUGUGAGAUCUGUGGCAAGUGCUUCCCCUUCCAGGGCACCCUCAACCAGCACCUGCGGAAAAAGCACAUGAGCGGGGCUGAGGUGCGCAACCACAUGGAGUCCCCCGAGCCAACAGAGGGGGCUGGCGAGCAGAAAGAAGCGGAGGAGCCCCUGGCCUCCGAAAGCAGCGCGGAAUACAGCGCCCACUUUGGCGAGGAGGCUCCAGUCAAUGACGACAACGGUGAAGAUGGCAUGAAAAGCAGCCCUGACGAAGCUCAGGCAUCAAGAUGUGAUUUUUAGGGUUUAAUUUUUUUUUUUAUAUGUAUUAUUAUUUUGUUAUUUUUGGAUGUCGUUUUACAGUUUCUCCAUUUCAUACCGUCAUCGCAAAAAAAAGUAUUGUUUUAAAAACGAUGCACAACUAAAAAAAAAAAAAAAAGAGGGUAUGCUAUAUACAUGAUUGCUGUAGGUUGAGAGUAUUGAGUUAGGGGAAAGAAAGGGUUUGUUUUAUAGGGUAAGGCAAAAUAAGUGGUUUAGAUCAGGUCCAACAGAAACGGUUGGAUUCUUUUUUGUAGGAUUUUUUUUUCCUCCUCCUCCUGUAAAUUCAAGUAAGAUAGGCAUGUUGCAGUAAGUGUACUAAUGCGCAAGCUUAGCUAGAGAUUCAGUGAGCAGGAUCAAUUGUCAGUUCAAAAGCAUGUAGCCUUGAACACAUUUCAGAACCGGGUCAAUUGAAUACUCUUCACAUGACCCUGUGUAACAUUUACAGUGCUGGUUGAAAGUGUCGCCGGACACAGCAGUGGUUCAGAGUGUACUAAACGCUUAAUUACAUAUAGUAAGGUAGUAUAUUAUCAGAUGUUCUCAUUGUGUGGAUCUUUUUGGUAACCAAAUGGUAACCAAAUACAGGAAAAGUAUCUGUGCUCCUGGAGUGGUUAAAAUAGCACUUAAGAAGUAGAGUAAGGAUGGGUACCGCUGCUUUUCCAGUUAACAUGUUAGAUUUGUAUUAUUAUUUUUUAUUUAAACCAAACAAAGUUUUAACUUUUAUCUGAGCGUUGAAACAUACCGAAAGGUGCACACCGCUGGGGGCAAUUUACUUUGUAGCAGUUCAGAGCUCCUUGGCUACAGGUGUAACUGUGUUUUGCUUGGGGAAAAUGUACGUUGUUACCAUAAUAUUUGGUAAUAAUAAUGUUUUUGGUUUUUGUUUGAUUUUGUGUAAUCCAUAGUCGUCGUCAUUGUUCUGGUUUAGAAAAAGGCAGUGUGCAAACGUGUUGGGGGACAGGACAGGACAGGACGGGACGGGACGGGACGGGACGGGACGGGGGUGACUAACUAUCUGCUAUCUUACAAGCAGGGCGGAAUGGGUACGGAAACUAAAAUGAAGUUAGAUAAGCGACACUUUCUCCAAACUUUUUUUUUUUUUUUUUUUUUGUAUGUGAUCCAAACCUCAAUGCACUUUUUAAAAUACAGAACUGAAACAGAUGUGACUGGGCCAUUUUAGACGAAACAAAUACAGUAUAGCAAAUAUCUCAGUAUUUACAACUGAUAGCCACUAAUGUACACAGGUAACCGUAUUCUACAUUUAGCUGUAUUCAGAAUGCACAAUCACUGUACUGCAGCAGAUUUCAAGUGAGACAGCUAAUCAUAGCUUCUACAUCACUACUGAAUGGGACUUAAGAAAGUUAUGAAAGAGGUAGUGUAACCUUUGUUAUUUUCCAUUGUAAUCCACCAGUUAUUACAGAAGACGCACUAGCAACUAUUAUACUGUUAUUAUACCCACGUAGGACUGUUAUGAUAGUGCUUGUCUAGCUUUCUUGUCCCGUUUUAACUAAUUUGCUGUCAUUUUUCUUUUUUUUAACAGAAAUAACUGUUUUUUUUUUGCUUCUACAUUAUUUGAAAACCUGGUGCUGUUUUUUUUUUAUUUUUUUAUUAUGCAUUCUUCAAUGUACACGUUAUGUAACUUGGGUCACUACAGCCAACUGAAUGUGAAUACUCUGACACGCAUCCUAUGUAGCUUUAAGAGUACGUACUGUUGAAAAGGGUCUGUGAUUGGCUAGACUGGAGAACAAUUGCCGUUAACACAUAUCGUCCAUCCUCACUUGUUCUCCAAAGUCUACACAGCUACUGUUUUAAAUGCGUCUCCGAUCAGGUGUGAAAAUGAACACUGUGUGCGUUUCCAUGCUGAAGUUAAGGCUGUACUGAUUUGCAUUAAACUCCCCUAUAACUCGCUUGCUUUUCUGUAAGCAGAACACAAGAGUGGGCGUUCAGAUUUUCAGCUUUCAGAUGCAAAAAAACAAAACAUUGAUCUGUUGAACAAACGUUGAGCUUACUAAAAGGUACCUGGUUUGGUUGUAUUACAAACAGGCUAAAUUUACAUAACCUGUUCUGUAAGCAUAGAUUAGUAUUCAUAAAGGCUUUCUCUCUUUUUAUAUACAAGAUUUCUUAGAAAAGAGCCUGCCCCAUGCAUUAAUGAACUUGAACUAAGUGACACCGUCUAGAAUAUAAAAUCGCGAUGGCUUUACCUGUACCAAAUUACCAAACUGUAUCAUGUACAUUUUAUUAUUUUAAACUGCUUCGAAUGACUCAGUUCAUAUCUUCUACUGUAGAUCUAGAACAAGGAACACGUAAAAGGAUCACAAAUUUGAAAAGGGAUUUGAAGUUUUUUUUUUUUUUUUUUUUGGUCUUGCCGGCAUCGAGUACUUGUGUUUUCUUGGUAGGUGUAUUUGAGGUGGGAGAGAAAGGGGGUAUAACUACAUCUUCCCACCCAUAAUUAACAUUAGGCUUUACUGUUGAGUUUACCAAAGAAUUUGCCAAAAAAUAAAUCCCAGUUCUUUAUUUGGAACAUAUCGAAGUGAAAAUGCAGUGACUUCCACUGCUUGUAGGUCAGUAGUCGAAGCUGUUAAUGGAACUGUAGUGGGAAAGCAGAUUUAACCAGAAGUGUUGCUGUCGAUUUUACUCUGAAGUUGAUCUGGCAUAUAAACCUUGAAGACCUUGAGAUAGCAAUCUCAGAGUUCACAGUCAUUCACAGGACUGAAGAGCAGUGCUUCCCAGAACAGCGAACCUCGGUUAGUCCCGGGGGCGUGUUAUUAUAUAUUCAGGAUACUACUUUGUGACCUUGCUGUUUCUAAUUUGGAGCCGUUCAAGCAAACUUCCAGAGAACAGAGGACAAACACACCUUUGCUAAUAGUGAAAAUGUCCAAAACGUAGUGUUUCCGAACCUUCCUGUAUUCCAUUCCUGGAUGACAGUAACUUUUAUACAGUUUAUAAACACAAUUAUACACAAGCUUGUAAUGAGACAAAAAACAAGCCAGUUUUUUUUUUUUUUUUCUGUCCCCCAGGGCAGUUCCUCAACAGAUGAUUAAUUAUGAAAGUACGGCAACUGUUCUUUUGUGUGUUCCGUGUUAGCUUGGCCUGAAACGAGCUGUCCUGGUUUUUAUUUUGCAGUGUUAGGAGAAUACAAAGCCAUAACAAGGUUUAUGUGCUGCAGUGGUUCUGACUUUGAACUUUUGUAUCUGAUGUAUUUGCACCAGGGUUUUUUAUUGUUUUUUUUGUUUUGUUUUUUGUUUUUAUUAAAACAGCUGGCAUCUUGAUUUUUUUUUAAAACUGUGCCUUGUCGCAUGAAAAAAUACAAUUUGCCAGCUUUCCAUCAAGGAAAUGCAUGGUCCUUUUUUUUUUUUAUUGCGUUUUGUUUUCUUUUGUAUACUGUUCAUGUCCGAAGACAGGCGAUAUUGGAGUAAGCUUUGAAAAUAUAAUGGAUAUAUCUUUUCUCAGUGUCUAAUCAACUGAUUUUUAAUUUAAUUGUGUUUUAAUAGUAGGUUGAUCUAGUAGUAUUAUCACUUCAUUUAUAUUGAAUGCAGAAUUGGUAAACCAUGCUGUGAUAUCAUAGUUUUUAAACAAAUGCAUUAAUGAAUUCCUGAUCAUAGAGGCCAAUGCAUAUUUGAGUCCCUUUUAUGUUAUCAGGUGAUUCGGUGUCUCUGAAUUGUUUUGAGGACGCUGUCCUUGAUCUGCUACUACAUACUGUGAAUUCCUGCAGACUUACAUUUUCUUUUAAAUGUAAGUCUUGUUCUUACAGUACACGAACCUGUAAAUAAGACUUUUUUUGAUCUAUAAACACUUGUAAAUACAGUAGUUUCUCAUCAUGUUGACACCUGUCCUGUACACACUGAAUUGUGUAAUGUUGGAAACUUUCUUGACGUUUUUUCUCGGACAGAGCAGUCUCUGUGCUGUGUUGCACAGAGUCUACGUUGGUCACUAGAUUUCCAUUUUGCAUUUAUUAUCAAAUAGCUGGACUUUUUUUUUUUUUAAAUUAAACACAUCACCAGUCAAAGGCAGCAUGUUGUAGGAAGUUUAGUGUGCAUUUAAAUAUGCGUGCAAGCUAUAGGAAAUAGUCAUUGUUAAAAUCUUUGACACAUUCAAUAAGUAACCAAAAUGUGAAAAAACAUACACAGACACAUCUGUUUGGGGGGAGGGGUUAAACACUGGGGAUGUUCACAGGCUGUUUAACAGUAACACUUUAAAAAUAUCAUCUGCACGCUCAUAAGAGGAAUUUGCAGCCAUUCUCUUGAAGUGGAAGCAACUGGAAUCUUUGCAUUAAACAGUAACUGUGAGUAUAGGUGUACAAGUGAAUGAUCAGAUGAUGUUGGAUGCACAGGUACAGUUUUUUACUCAUCGCUCUCAUUCUCAAUAUUGGUUACUGAAGCACACAGCUUUUAUUGCAGUCGAUGUAUUACUUUGUGUUUAUUGUUUUUGAUUAUUAUAACAGUUCAGCCUCCCCUAAAAGGGACUCAAGUAUGAAAUGCCUCGACUACUUUAUUAUUAUAAUUAUUAUUUUAUAGGGAAUUUUACCCUUGAAUGGUGCUUUCAGACUGGUCAGGGUUAUUUAUUAAUUUUAUAUAUAAAUAUAUAUAUAUAUAUAAAUAGUAUUUGGAAAAAAUAUAUAUACUUGUGUAAAUGCUUUAUAUGAAAUAUAUGUACUAAUCAUGCAUUAUAAUUCCACAGUGCUCACUUAUCAACUGACUGACACUCAGUUGAGUUCACUCAAACUGUUCAAAACGGUUCCACAAAAUAAGUACAUUGUUGAGGGCAGGUGGGGUGGGAGGGGGGUGGAGGCUUCGGAAAGCAGAGAUGCUUGUAUCCGCUGGUCUCUUCCCACAAAAGAACAGCGUUUGCGUAGAUUUGGGAUGGUUGCAGUAGCCCCUUCUUUAAAGUCCCGCUACAGUUUGAGCAUGUCGGCUAAUCGGAGUGCACCCUUGUCUUAUGAGCCGAGUGUUCUUUUAAUGCUUAAGUUUUGUAGUAUAUAUCGGUGACUGGUAAACUGCAAACAUGCCUAAUUGUCAUCAUUAAACGGGCGAUUUGCAGAUGUCCCAAAUGGCAAAUCCAGUUUACUAAAUGGACUGCUGCAAUUCAGACUCCCAUCAAUAAGCUUCCCUCCCCUGUUUCGUUACCCCACCGAGGGACAGGCGAGAAAUAAGAAUCGGGUAGUUUAUGAACACUGAUCCUGUGCAAAGUCUUCCAUUGCUUUCCAUGAAAUAUUUUCACAACUUUCCUGUAUUUUUUAUUUUUUUAUUUUUUGAAAAAAGCAAUAAACUUCUCAAUGUAAUAACUAUUAAAAUGAAUACUAUUAAGACUCUUGAAACUUUUAACACGUCACUGCAAGGAAUGGAAGACUUUUAGUUUGCCAGGGAGCUAUUUUGAUUUGGACAAUACACAUUUUGGAAACGGGGCGGGGAGGGGUUGUCUAUGUACGUAUUUUAUUUUUAGGGGGGUGUUUGGACAGGUUGAGUGAAGAAUCAAAGGUGUAACUUUGUAAUCGCUUUUGACUUGUGCUGUAACACCCGGUGGGUGUACGUGUGUCAAGUUAAAGGAUGAACUGCAGGUCUGUAUUUGGCUGCAGCUGGUGCUAUUGUGUAGUAAUACUGUGACACUAGGAGAAGUGGUUUGUAGUUGCACCUCCGCCUGUGUCCAAACAAAGAAGGGAUGGUGGGCUGAAUACCCACUUCGGGAGUCCCAGACUGUUCAGAACUAAAUUAUAACUGUCUUCAGCCUCGCUUUGAUCUGUACAAUGCUUCUUUCUCAUCUGUUUUAUAUUUUUACAUUCCCUUACUUCUGAAUGGUGUUUGCAAUCCGGGGAGGGAAAUAAGACUCCCAUUGCAUAGCAGUUUGAUUCAUUCCUCAUUUUACUAGGAGAUUCAUAACACACACCAGAGCGCGUUCCCUAUACACUGUGGCUAAUCAAGAUCAUACUGAAACCUGGAAUGGGUGAAAAUGCUCAUGCAGCAAGACUCUUGCUGUAUUUCCGUCCCUGCAGUCAUGAGAGCGUUCCGUUUCUCCAAUACUGAGUUCUCAUGUUCGUCUAAGUAAGGUUUUUACUUGGCUUUGAACAUGCUCUUGCUGUCUGUGUAAAUGUCAGCGCACAGGAUUUGCUAGGCAAGCUCAAAGCCCAGGAUUAGAGAACAAACUCACUGCUGGAGCAACGCAAAAACUUUGACUUCCCUUGCAAUUGAUGGCGUUUUGCAAUUACAUUGUAAAGUGAAAGAGUCAGUUUAACAGUUGCUACCUUCCCUUCCUCCUUUUAGUUCUGAACAGAGCGCCGUGGAGUCCCUUUAGCCCACUGUACCUGCAACCUCUCAACUCAACUCAACUCAACUGUGAACCUCAGAAACUCUGCUGUUUGAAACUGUGCCGUAUGUUAAGCUAGCUAGGGCUUAUGCUGUAACAAUAUUUAAAUUGCCAUUUAUAAAUUGAUUUUAUAGCAUGAAUUAUAGAAAAAAGAUAUUUAUUCAAAUGAUAUAUUUUACUCAUAACCAUUCUGUUAUCUGGGUUUUACCUGAUUUGUGACAUUACUUUCAGUGCUGCUUUUUUAUCAUAGUGUUUGAUUCUUUCUUUUUUUUUUGUUUUUUUUUUCUUGCUUGUAAAUUGCUUUCUUAUGAUACAAAGAAUAUGUCAGGGGGGGGGGGGCAUUGCGUUUUGUUUGUAAAAUAAAACUGCUGCUGUAGCAAACUGGCGUCUAGGGUUUUUUAAUUAGUAAAGAAUAAUAUUACACUGUAAUGGUUGCUAAUGCUCUUGUAUCUGCCUUGAUGCACUCUAGAGAGAUCCAAGUUUUUUUGUAUAAUAUACUACAUCCUCUCAGGGGAGGUUAACAUGUAAAUAAAACUGGCCAGAUCUUCGCUGCAUAACUAAACAAAUAUUUCACAGUAACGACAGUCUGUAGAGCACUCCAGUAAUAGAGCAGUAUUGACUGUAUUGCGUCAAUCCACCACCAGAGGGCGCCCUUGUGUCAGAAGUGACAUUUCCGUAUAAACUUGUAUUCAGCUGAUCAGGACAGUGGUGGAAUUGGUUUCAGUUUCACACAAAAAGCCUCAUCUGUGUGUGCAAUGCAUCAAGUGUGAAGAAUAGCAUGCACUUUUUUUUUGUUUGUUUGUUUAAACACUAAGCAACACGAAGAACAUAAAUACUUUGACUGCAAUGCAUUACAAAAUAGACCUGUGACACACGUCCUCUCCACAAACAAAGUUAC